AUGGUUGCGCUCAAGUACGUUUUAGUGCCCGUAGCACUGGUGGCUGCGAAGAAUAUUGUUGAGAUGAUUACGUUUCGGGAUGAGAACGGUAAGUUGCAUAGGAGGUUGGCUCCAGAGGAGUAUCGUGGCGGUGUGUUAGACGGUGAGGAGAGUCGAUUGUUGCAGAAACGUGAUUUAGAGAUGCAUCCUCCAGUUGACCUGGGGGUAUAUUUCAGUAAUAGGCCGAUUCACCGCACCAUCGAUGUGCCGGACAUAUAUUUGGACUCUCAGAUAUCAGUGCUGACGGAGCUAGAUAUUUUUGCUUCGUAUUCUCGUAACGAUGAGAAAAGUUACGACAUGUUCAGAGAUCCCGAGAGUGAUCUGAUAGUGAUAGCACCUACCAAUGCUGCUAUCACUGCUCUGGCUAAGAAACCAUGGCAGUUCCCCAUGGACAUAGAUACCAUGGAGCAAGCUGGCUCUUCUGAGAGGGAUAUCGAUAAUGCCAUUCACAACAAUAUCGUAAACUUUGUGAGAUCCCAUGUCGUGGCAUAUCAGAAAGAUACCAAGACUUCGAAAGAUGGCACUGUUCUCUUACAGAGUAAACAGUACAGCAUGCAACAUUCAAAUGGUAAAGGCGGUGACGUCUUGCUAAAGAGAGAGGGGGAGAAAUACUGUGUUGCGUCAGUUGUUGACGAAGUAUUUCACGAUGUUCAGAACAUUUAUUCCACCAAAAAUGGUGUCAUCCUGGUGAUUGAUGCCACGUUGUCCAGGCCUGGUGCUUGA